CAUUCAAAUACGUGAUAAAAAAAAAUCUCCACUUUUUUAUUUUUAAUUAUUUCUAUCUAGCUCUAUUUCUCAUUGAAUUUUAUCCAUUCUAUUUCACACAAAUCACGAGUCCAUAUAAAUUUCUUUAGUUUAUAAAAGGUGAGAUUGUCUCAAGCUAAUGUUGAAGUGCAAAAUAUAUAUAUAUCAGCGGUCGGAGGGUGAUACUUGAUAUAUUGAUCAUGGGUUCAUUGGGUGCAUCAAGUGGAAGAGAGCUAUUGCUUCACAUGAAUGGUGGCACGGGAAAAAGGAGUUAUGCCAACAACUCUUCGUUCCAAAAAAAAUUAAUGCUUAAAGCCAAACCAAUGCUUGAAGAAACUAUAACAAGACUGUAUCGUGAUUCUUCUCCAAACUGCAUGAAAGUAGCAGAUUUAGGUUGCUCUGUAGGACCAAACACACUUCUUGUGACAUCAAAUAUUAUUGAUAUUGUUGAUACCACAUGCACCCGCUUGAAUCGUGAACCACCGAUAUUCCAAUUUUUUCUCAAUGAUUUAUUUGGAAAUGAUUUCAAUACCAUCUUCAAGUCACUUCCUGAUUUCUAUACAAGAUUGCAAGGAGAUAAGGGAAAUGAAUUUGGUUCAUGCUUUAUUAAUGCCACCCCUGGAUCCUUCCAUGGGAGGCUCUUUCCUAGUAAUUCCAUAAACUUUUUUCAUUCUGCCAACAGUCUACACUGGCUCUCUCAGGUUAAAUAAACUAAUUCUUUCUUUGUAUAUUUUUUCUU